CUUGAAAAUUACACACACCCCAUUAUCAGGAAGCGCUUGAGCGCAUCAGGAGGACAGAUUGGUCCAGUUCUCCAGGCUGCACCACAAUAAAGAACCUCUUUCGCGCUACAGCGAUUGUAUAUGCCUCUAUAAUAGUCAAUGCAUUAGCUGCAUUGUUUCAUCUGUAAUAGUGGGAGGCAAUUUGCGGUUCGCUCGGUCAGUGUAGGGGAGCGCUGCCAUUAGAUCCACUGGGUUGUGCGAGACAUCGAACGGAUGGAGGAAUAUACUACGGGUGGAGGAAGAACGGAUGAAUAAGGGAUUUUAUGAGACCUGCAUUAACAUUGCAUUUGCGGUUUUUACGGCUCUCUCUAUCGGGGUUCCCCAAGCAGUUGUCUUGCAGAGGCGGGUAGGCUUUAAACAAUAGCGCCCGGAGGAGCGCUGGAUACAGUAUCGCUGAGCGCAGAACCUCGGGCAUCAUCAUCAUCACCAUUCACUACUACGAGCGUUCACCAAUGGAGACGGCCACGCGCUCUAGUGUUCCUCACACAUAGAUUACAAAGAUCCGUAGGUGUAAAAUCCGACCAUCAUCAUAAUCAUCAUCCCUGGAAACAUAUCCUGCAAUGAUGAAUUCUGCCGAGGCGGCUGAGGAAGGACCGAACGAUCCAGAUACGGAGCCGUUUUUCAAAACAGUUCCGUCUUUCUCAUCAGGAUCUCUUAGGAAUGAUGGAAUCAACGCGGCUGAUGUUCUAACAGUUUUAAGAGAGAAGGUUGCCUUUGUCUCAGGAGGAAGAGACAAGAGAGGAGGACCUAUCCUUACAUUCCCUGCACGAAGUAAUCAUGACAGAAUAAAGCAAGAAGACUUGAGGAAACUGGUGACCUACCUCUCUACUGUGCCCAGUGAGGAUGUAAGUAAACGAGGGUUUACAGUAAUCGUAGACAUGCGCGGCUCUAAGUGGGAUCUAAUCAAGCCGUUGCUGAAGACGCUACAGGAGUCAUUUCCAGCUGAGAUCUGCGUCGCUCUCAUUAUCAAACCAGACAACUUCUGGCAGAAGCAGAAGACCAAUUUUGGCAGUGCCAAGUUCACAUUUGAGACCAGUAUGGUUUCAGUGGAAGGUCUGACUAAGUUGGUGGAUCCGUCUCAGCUGACGGCAGAUCUGGAAGGGACUCUGGAGUAUAACCAUGUGGAAUGGACUGAGCUCCGGGUUUCCCUUGAGGAGUUCACUGGAGGUGCUCUGCACCUCCUUUCCCGGCUGGAGGAGCUGCAAGAGGUGCUUUCUCACCAGGAGCUGGCAACUAACGCAGAGGAAGCACGGAAACUCCUGGAGGAGCACGCUCGACUGAGGAAGACUAUGACAAAGGCACCUGUGGAUGAGUUAGACCAUGAAGGACAGCGACUUCUUCAGAAGAUCAGGGAUGGGGGCGACGGAAGGCUGUCUGGUGGGGCUGACUUCCAGAGUUUGGUACCUAAGAUUUCCGCCCUAUUGGAUAAACUUCAAGUUACACGGCAGCACCUGCUACAGGCCUGGCACAACCGCAAACAACAGCUAGACCAGUGUUUUCAGUUACGGCUGUACGAGCAGGAUGCAGAAAAGAUGUUUGAAUGGAUCGGACACAAUAAAGAGCUGUUCCUGCAGACUCACACAGACAUUGGCGUGAGCAACCAGCAUGCAGCAGAUCUUCAGACCCAGCAUGACCACUUUGCUAUGAACUCUAUGAAUGCAUAUGUCAAUAUCUCGCGUAUCGUCUCGGUGGCGACGCGGCUCUGUGAGGCGGGUCAUUACGCUGCUGCUCAGAUACAGCAGAUCUCUGGUCAGCUGGAUCAGGACUGGAAGAGCUUUGCCUCGGCGCUGGAGGAGCGAAGUGCCAUCCUGGCCAUGUCCUCUGUGUUCCACCAGAAAUCUGAACAGUUUCUGUCCAGCAUGGAGGGAUGGGUGAAGUCAUGCGGUGAGGGCGGCUUGCCGACAGCAGCGCAAGAGCUGGAGAUAGCCAUUCACAACCACCAGAAUCUAUACGAGCAGGUCACCACAGCUUAUACAGAGGUCAGUCAGAAAGGAAAAACACUACUGGAUGUGUUGCAGAGGCCUCAGCCCCUGCCUGACUCCGGGUCCCUGACGGCAGGGGCCGACUACAGUCAGGCGGUGAGGGGGGUUCUGGAGGUGGUCCAUGAGGUAGUUCAUCAGUAUCGCAGACUGGAGGGUCUCUUGCAACACCGCAAGCUCCGGCUGCACCAGAGACUUCAGCUGUGUGUGUUUCAACAAGAUGUGCAGCAGGUCGUGGACUGGAUUGAAAACCAUGGAGAGGCAUUCCUCAGUAAACACACAGGAGUUGGGAAGUCUGUACACAGAGCACGAGCACUACAAAAACGGCAUGAUGACUUCCAGGAGGUAGCACAGAACACUUACACUAAUGCAGAUAAGCUUUUGGAGGCUGCGGAGCAGCUGGCUCAGACGGGAGAGUGUGAUCCAGAAGAGAUUUACGCUGCCGCCCAUCACCUGGAGGUCAGAGUUCAGGAGUUUGUGCGGAGGGUGGAGCAGAGGAAACUGCUGUUGGAUAUCUCAGUGUCUUUUCACACCCACACUAAAGAGCUGUGGUCGUGGAUGGAGGACUUGCAGAAGACUCUUGUGGAGCCGGUGGUGAACUCUGAGUCUGUGGAUGCUGUUCAGGAGCUGAUCAGACAGUUUCAGCAGCAGCAGAGCAGCACUCUGGAUGCCACACUCAAUGUCAUCAAAGAAGGGGAGGAGCUUAUUCAGCACCUGCGGGACUCAGCGCUGGCCUGUAAUAAGUUGCCUCAUGCCAGCUCCGUGGCUCAUAUCGAGGGUGUUCUUCAGCAGUUGGAUGAGGCUCAGGCUCAUAUGGAGGAGGUUUUCCAUGAGCGCAGGAUCAAACUGGACAUCUUCCUGCAGCUCCGUAUCUUUGAACAGUACGCCUUGGAGGUGAUGGGUGAGCUGGAUGCAUGGAAACAGGAUCUGAUGCGACAGGCGUCUGAUUUCAACACAGAGGAACUCACGCUGGCUGAACAGAGAUUACACAGGCACACUGAGCGCAAACUUGCCAUGAACAACAUGACCUAUGAGGUCAUACAGCAGGGACAGGAUCUUCACCAGUACAUCAUGGAGGUCCAGGCUUCAGGUAUGGAAAUUACAGGAGAAAAAGACGUCGACUUGGCGGCAAAAGUUCAAGAACUGCUGGAGUUCUUGAAUGAAAAACAGCAUGAGCUGGAAGUAAGCGCAGAACACACACACAAACGUCUGGAGCAGUGCCUUCAGCUACGACACCUGCAGGCCGAGGUCAAACAGGUGCUGGGUUGGAUCCGUAAUGGUGAAUCCAUGCUCACAGCGAACACAACGAAUGCAGGUUCCCUAUCUGAGGCGGAACAACUUCAGAGAGAGCAUGAACAGUUUCAGCUUGCCAUCGAGUCUCUUCUCCACGCCGACUCCCUCCAGCGCACACAUCAGAGUGCCCUACAGCUCCAGCAGAGGGCGGAGCUGAUGUUGCAGGCGGGUCACUAUGACCCUGACGCUGUCCGGGCCUGUGCCGAGACUGUGGCCCUGCACUGGCAGACCCUCAUGCUGAAGAUGGAGGACAGAUUAAAGCUGGUUAAUGCCUCUGUGGCCUUUUACAAGACAUCUGAACAGGUAUGUAAUGUAUUGGAGAGUCUGGAACUGGAGUACAGGAGAGAGGAGGACUGGUGCGGAGGUCAUGAUAAAUUGGGCUCAACAGCAGACACUGACCACGUCAGCCCUCUCAUCAACAAACACCUGGAGCAGAAAGAAGCCUUUCUCAAGGCAUGUACUUUAGCACGUCGUAACGCAGAGGUCUUUCUUAAGUACAUCCAUCGAAACAAUGUGAGCAUGCCUGGGGUCGCCACCCACAAUCGAGCCACUGAGUCCCAAGUAAAAGCCAUUCUGAGUGAGCUGCUACAGAGGGAAAACCGUGUCCUUCAUUUCUGGACUAUGAAAAAAAGACGUUUAGAUCAAUGCCAACAGUAUGUUCUGUUUGAACGGCAUGCUAAACAGGCAAUAGACUGGUUACAGGAGACAGGAGAAUAUUUUCUAUCCACACACACAUCGCCUGGUGAUACCAGCGAAAAAACUCAGGAACUACUAAAAGAGUAUGACGAUUUCCGUGUAUCUGCAAAGCAAACCCAGGAGAAGGUGAAGCUGUUGAUCCAGCUGGCUGGUAGUCUGGUUGAGAAAGGGCAUCUCCAUGUGACCGAGCUCAGGAGGUGGGUGUCUACGGUUGACAGGCGGUAUCGAGACUUCUCCAUGCGGAUGGGUCAGUACCGCUGCAGCUUGGACCGAGCUAUAGGGGUGUGUUCUGAGGACAAUAAAGAUCUGGAGCUGGAUAUAAUACCAGCCAGCUUGACCCACACUGACCCAGAGGUCAACCUCAAUGAUCCUGACCAUGAAGUUAAUGAGGAGAAGAAGAAAUCUGCCAGAAAAAAAGAGUAUAUUAUGGCGGAGCUGCUCCAGACAGAAAGAGCUUAUGUACGAGACCUACAGGAGUGUUUGGAGACUUUUCUCUGGGAAAUGACAAGCGGUGCAGAGAUCCCAUCUGGAAUUGCAAACAAAGAACAUGUGAUCUUUGGGAAUAUUCAGGAGAUUUAUGAAUUCCACAACAACGUUUUUCUGAAAGAGCUUGAAAACUAUGAGCAGCUUCCAGAAGAUGUGGGCCAUUGUUUUGUCACAUGGGCUGAUAAAUUCCAUAUGUAUGUCACCUACUGCAAAAACAAACCUGACUCCAGUCAGCUCAUCCAGGGCCAGGCCGGAAGGUUCUUUGAUGAGAUACAACGGAGACAUGGUCUGGCCAAUUCAAUCUCAUCGUACCUGAUCAAACCCGUUCAGAGAAUCACCAAAUACCAGCUCUUGCUGAAGGAGCUGCUGACGUGUUGUGAGGAAGGGAAAGGAGAAAUAAAGGAGGGUUUGGAGGUUAUGCUCAGUGUGCCUAAACGUGCUAAUGACGCCAUGCACGUCAGCAUGCUGGAGGGUUUUGAUGAGAACCUGGCCGUACAGGGGGAGCUGAUCCUACAAGACACCUUCCAGGUGUGGGACCCCAAAUCUCUGAUCCGCAAGGGCCGGGACCGACAUCUCUUCCUCUUUGAGAUCUCCCUCGUUUUCAGUAAAGAGAUGAAAGACUCGUCAGGACGCACCAAAUAUGUUUACAAGAACAAGCUGCUGACAUCAGAUUUAGGAGUCACCGAACACAUUGAAGGUGAUCCGUGUAAGUUUGCUCUGUGGGGCGGCCGGACGCCUACAUCUGACAACAAAACGGUGCUCAAGGCCUCCAGUAUAGAAGUGAAACAAGAGUGGAUCCGGAACAUCAGGGAAGUUAUUCAAGAGAGAACAGUCCACCUAAAGGGGGCGCUAAAGGAGCCCAUACACCCUCCCAAAACCCCAGCCAGACAGCGUAGCAUAAGCAAAAGGGAAACUACUGAGGACGCGGACAGUCAGGGUGAUGCCAGCAGCCAGCCGGACACAAUCUCCAUCGCUUCCCGCACCUCCCAGAACACUGUAGACAGUGACAAGCUGUCUGGUGGCUGUGAGCAGACUGUGGUUCUGCAGGACUUUGUUGCGGGAUCAGUGGGUGAGUUGAGCAUUCAGUCGGGUCAGACGGUCGAGCUGUUGGAGAGGUCUGGAGAGCGGCCCGGCUGGUGUCUGGUGCGGACCACCGAACACUCGCCCCCUCAGGAGGGUCUGGUUCCCAGCAGUACCCUGUCUGUGUCUCACUCUCGCAGUAGUGUCGACAUGGACUGCUUUUUCCCACCCGGGAAAGAAAACUAUCCUGUGGGAAGUUCAGAGGUCAAAUCUGAGUCCGCUGCAUCGCUGCAGCCGCAGACAUCUGUGACUUCAUUGCCAACCAGUUCUCCGGGACCUAAACGCUCUGGAACUACAGGAAACACAUUAAAAAAAUGGCUCACCAGCCCCGUACGACGUCUCAGCCAUGGCAAGGGUGACAACACUAAUGCCAAAAAACCCAACAACAAACAACGUAAACGAGACGGCCGGAAGAGUGUCGAAUUGGGACCGCCGCACCAAGACAGCAUCGACGAGAGAGGAAGACGAGGAGUGAACAGCGGAGGAGAGGAGGAGGCUGAAGACGAACCCCACACACCCCUCCCUCCCCCCAUGGAGAUCAUCAAGGACCCCUCCAAUCAGGAGGAGAAGACUCCAGAGCCUGGCUCUUUCCCAGUGUUGGGUAGCGUCACGCCGACUGAUCAGAUGCCCAGAGACCCAGAAACAGAGCAGAAGAACAAGGCCAUGAGAGGGCGAAUGUUUGUAUUAAAUGAAAUGGUUCAGACAGAAAGGGACUAUGUGAAGGAUCUGGGUGUCAUAGUGGAGGGCUUUAUGAGAAGGAUUGGGGAAAAAGGUGUUCCAGAGGAAAUGACUGGGAAGGAUAAGAUCGUAUUCGGGAACAUUCAUCAAAUCUAUGACUGGCAUAAAGAGUUCUUCCUCUGUGAAAUAGAGAAAUGUCUGCAGGACCAAGACAGACUGGCUGAGCUGUUUAUCAAGCAUGAGAGAAGGUUACACAUGUAUGUCAUCUACUGUCAGAACAAGCCCCGCUCAGAGUUUGUUGUGGCUGAAUAUGAUGCAUUCUUCGAGGAGGUGCAGCAGGAGGUAAACUCCAGGCUGUCUAUCAGUGAUUACCUGAUUAAACCCAUCCAGAGGAUCACCAAAUACCAGCUCCUGCUCAAGGACUUUUUGAAGUACAGCACUAAAGCAGGUCUGGACUGUAAAGAGAUAGAGAAAGCAGUUGAUCUGAUGUCCCUGGUGCCCAAACAAUGUAACGACAUGAUGAAUCUUGGACGAUUGCAGGGCUACGAGGGGAAGUUGACAGCGCAGGGAAAGUUAUUGCAGCAGGACACGUUCUUUGUGACAGAGCAGGACUCUGGCGUUCUGUCCCGCAGUAAAGAGCGCAGAGUGUUCCUCUUCGAACAGAUCGUCAUCUUCAGUGAGCUGCUUCGGAAGGGCUCGUCAACACCAGGGUACCAGUUUAAAAAGAGCAUCAAGGUGAGCUACCUGAGCAUGGAGGAACAUGUGGACAGCGACCCCUGUAAGUUUGUGCUGUCAUGUCGUGGCUCAUCUGAACGGCUGAUGCUACAGGCCGCUAACAUCGACAUCAAGAAAGAGUGGGUUCAAAGCAUCCGAGAACUGCUGGACAUGCAAAUCAACUUCCUCACGGCUCUCCAGAACCCUCAGGAGUACCAGAAAAAAGAGAGUGGAGGUACUUUGAGCAGGCAGCUGUCCAAUAGCAGCCGUUCCUCAUCCUCUCACCCCUCCACCCCCCUCAAACCCAACACCGCCCCCAAUGGAAGCCCCACCCACAAGCCCAAUAAGCAUGUAGAGGAGGAGUUGGAUGAGGAGGAGUGUAAUGGCCUGUCAUUAGUGCUAGUGAUGCAGGAUUACAAUGCUGUGAAGGAGGACGAGAUCUGUGUGGUGGUUGGUGAGAAGGUACAGAUCCUGGCGUCCAAUCAGCAGAACAUGUGCCUGGUUUACCGACCUGCAAACAGCCAAUCACCUGCUGCAGAGGGCUGGGUACCGGGUCAUGUGCUUUCUUCGACUCGGUAAAGCCACGCCCCCUCAACACCUCGGAAAAAAACACUACUCAGAUUUACCAACCUACUCUGGGAAAGCAUGCCAAGACAUGCCACUUAACCUCCUGCUAAGCUACUGUUGGUCAGUCAGAACAGGAAGUAACACCCAUUUCCCCUGCCACCAUACAGUUGAGGUCUAAAGAUGCACGCUGCAAAAAAUGGUGCGAUAUCACCUCCCAUAGUCAAUAUGGGCAAAAAAUAAAUGUAAUAAAAGGAAGUUUAAGAAAAUAUAUUAUAUUGCUAAUAAUGAAAAAAAAGAUUGUGUUGUAUAGAGAGGAAACUAAGGUGAAUUAGUCAGUGAAUUACGUGUGGAUGUGUAUGGAUGUUAACGUCGUCCUUUCUCAUCAACAUGCUCCAUUACGCGCAACAGACUGUUUUUAAAUGGGGCUCUCCCUUUUUCCCUGUCUGUCUAUGCCAAUACAUUUGCACACUGUGUAUAUUUUCUUUUACUGAGAUUUUAUUUUUGGAAAGUUUUUUUUUCCGUGUCUUAUUUUUACAGCUAUUAGGCGUGGCACAUUUAUUAUUUUCUUUCAGUUCUGUCAACCAGUUCAGUGUUCUGUACAAAGUAUUCUGCACUUUUCCAACAAAUAGUUGUGCAAUAUCACAAUCGUCACAAUGCUCAUAACUGUACUUGUAACUAAAGAUUUAAAUGUAUUAUUCUGUAUCAUUUUAAAUAUGUACAUAAUAUUUUUGACAUUGCCAUAAUAGAUACACAGCAGAGGAAAAUGUUCCCUCUAUUCCUGUCAGGCUCAAGAAAAAAAAAAACUCAACUAAACCCUGGUAGUCCACACUGCCUCCAAAACCCAACCCUCUGUUUUUUUUUGCAUUCGACAUCAGAUUUAGUAUGUAAUAAGUUAUCAUCUCAAUCAUAUCAGAACAGAUGUUUACUCAAAUCAGUCGAUUAAAAAUGGAUGUUGUUGAUUUCUGAAGAGUAGUCUCUGCUGUCAGCGUUCAGAUCUCAGAUAUACGUGUAAAUAAGCGUACAAAAAUAAUAAAAUAAAAUAAUUCUAGCAGGUAUUUCACUUGUUAAACUCUGGAAUGUUGUUCAUAAUAAAGCUGACAAUUUUUCAUCUUGGAAA